UUAGAGUUUAGACAGAGAUUUUAGAGUUUAGAGAUUAAAGCCAACAUACAAACACGAAUAUUCUGCUUGAUUUGCGUUAGUAAAGUCCCCACUUAUAUAAGGUGGAACUCCGUUUUGGGUUACCUAUCGAAGAAAGCAUUCGCCAUGGAGGAAAUCAAGAAGUUUGACAAGCUCGCCUUCCUGGAAAGCUACCUGCUGAAGCACAAGGAACUGGGCAAGCGACAGCGCGAGUACAAGAAGAUCCUGUCCAGCAAACUCAAGACCCGCAAGGAGACUAUCAUCGAGGCCAGCUUUGAGACGGCCAUCGACCAGCUGGAGGAGGAGAAGAACGAUCUGCGGGCCCAGAUCUGGGUGGCCAGUGGCACAACCCACAAAAAACAGAACAAUCGCUGGCUGGAACUGAUCCGCUGCCAUGUCGAGUGCCAGGAGAACCUGUCGCAGGACAUAAAUUCGCUGAAGACAUCGAUUUCCAACAUGGAGAAGGAGAUAAGUCGCAUGUCCAAGCAAAUAUACAACCUGAAUCGUUUAACCAUUCCGGAUCAGCAACAUCAGGCCUAUGUGAUGCGGGCCCGGAAAAGGAUGACCAUUUUGGAGAAUUCGCUGGAGGUGGGAGUGCGUCAGGAGUGCGGUUUCACGGCGGCCAAUGCGGAUCUGCGAGAGCAGCUCAUCCGCAUCCUGAAUCACCGCACCUUCUUCAAUGAUUCAUACACCAAAAUGGUGCAGAAGCUGAACAGCGAGAAAAAGUAUCUCAUAGAUCUGAUCGAGUACGCACUGAAUACCUUCGAUGGCUGCAUUGAGGUGUACGAGAAAAUUGAUUUGCUGGCCAAAAGGGAGGCCAAGGAGCGCGACAUGAGACGCGUGGAGAUGCAGGGCAUUAUGCGAAAGGUGGCAGCCGAUGGGGACAACACCGCCUUCCUGAAUUGCAAGUCUAAGCCUCGAGAGCUGGCCGAUCUGCAGCCCAAGGAGUACAAGCGAAGGGACGAAUUCCGACGGGUGCACAACAAAAAGAUCAAUCUCUACAACUCGGUGCUGCAGAAGAUCCUCCAGUAUACAGACUCUAGCAAUAUGGACGAGGUGAUCGACAAGUUUCAGCAGCAGGAGAGUCUCUAUUACUCGUUCUUCAACUAUGCCAACGAAAUGAGCUACCACAUAACUAUGCUGAAUAAUUCGGUGAAUCGCCUGUUUGAGGACAUAGUCAACCUGAAAAAGGAUAACUCCAACACGUUGCAGGACCAACUGGAUCAGAUCUCCAGCCUGGAGAACAAGGUGCGUACCAAACAGGAAUCCAACAUGGAACUGCACAAGGCGCGGGAAAACAACGAUGCACGUUUGGAGAAUCUUCUACAGGGCGUGGAGACGGUCUGCGAGAUGUGUUCCAUUGAUGCCAGUCCGCUGACCAAGCUCCUUGGUGACCACACCCACGUCAAUCUGGUUAAUGUCAAUCGAUUCCUUAAGCUUCUCGAGACAAGGGUCCAGGAGCUGACGGCUAGUGUUUAUGUGAUGGAGCGCCAAGAGGAGGGUCGCUUCGACUAUGUGGUCAAGCAGAUCGAGAAGAUUUGCGAGCUGCCCACCGAUCUCAAUGACAUUGUGCUCACCCAACAGUGUCCCGAGUGCGCCGAGGGCGAAGCCUUCAACAUGGAUGAGGGCGGCGAUGGUGUGCUUGUCCACACGGUUGCCGAGGCCAAGAAGAAGCUGUACGAGAAGGUCACGCAGCCGGAGAUGCAGUACCGCCUGCACAGCAUCAGCCAGUGUCGUUUGCCGCGAUCCCGCCUCCUGGCCGCCAAGCGCAACAUGUAGUCCUGGAAUACAUGUCACAAACCACAUUCCCUUUAGUUUCGGUUUCAAAUAUGCAUAUGUGCAACAUUUUUCGGUUAGAUAUCUAGGACUAGAAUCGUCUGAUCCUCAUGUUUCGGUUGCAAUUAUAAUAAAUUCCCAAGUUAACCUACAGCUU